CUCUUCUGCCCAGCUGGCCACUUAUACGUUUCUCUCUUUCUCUCUCUCACUCUCUCACCGUGAAGAGUCUGGUCGGUUGGGAGAGGGAAGGAGAUCAGACGUGAAGUAAUUGGUAGCAGAGACAGCGAGAAUGAGGGAUUUACUGGUGGUGCUUAUGUGGUUGCUGGUGGCGGCCGUGAGUUGGGGAGAGGGGAAGAAUGAAGAUGUGAGGGUGAGGGUGGUGGGGAAGGCGGCCAUCGCCACCACCGACGAGCAUUUCGUGUGCGCGACGAUCGACUGGGGUCCUCCUCAACGCUGCGACGCUACCGACACCCGAUGCCUUGCAGCUCAUCCCCAGACUUCCGUCCUUAACUUGGAUUUGAAUAACCCUCUUCUUGCUAAGGCUGUCAAAGCUUUUAAUCAUCUGAGGAUAAGGGUUGGGGGCUCCUUGCAAGAUCAAGUUAUUUAUGGCGUUGGGGAAUUGCAGACCCAAUGCUUGCCCUUUGAAAGGGAGAAAAAAGGCUUGUUCGGUUUUACUGAAGGUUGUUUACACAUGGACAGGUGGGACGAGCUUAACAAGUUCUUCAACCGGACAGGGGCAAUUGUCACCUUUGGUCUAAAUGCACUAUAUGGGAGGAGAAAAGGUGCAAAUGGUGUUUGGAUUGGCGAUUGGAAUCUUAACAACAGUCGUUCUUUUAUAGAAUACACAAUUGAAAAGGGAUUUCAAAUCGAUUCAUGGGAAUUUGGGAAUGAACUCAGUGGGAGAGGUAUUGGCGCACGUGUAUCUUCCAAACAAUAUGCAAAAGACUUGAUUAAACUCAGAUCCCUACUGAAUGAGAUAUACAGUAACUCCUCAUCGCUCCCAUUGUUGUUGGCACCAGGUGGCUUCUACGACCAACAGUGGUUUAUUCAACUUCUUCAACGGUCAGGGCCAGGAGUAGUUAAUGUCUUAACUCAUCACAUUUAUAAUCUUGGUGCACCUGACGAUCCCAAACUCAUGAAGAAGGUAUUGAACCCAGCCUAUCUUAGCCAUGCAGCUGGGACGUUCCGAGGUCUUCAUGGAGUUAUAAAAAAAUUUGGUCCAUGGGCAGCUGCUUGGGUUGGAGAAGCUGGUGGUGUUUACCAUGGUGGUGCCCUUGACUUUUCUGAUAGAUACAUCAACAGUUUCUGGUACUUGGAUCAGCUGGGUAUGUCAUCCAGGUAUGACACUAAGGUGUACUGCAGACAGAAAUUGAUAGGCAGCAACUACAGUCUCCUGAAUGUAGAAAAAAUGGUACCAUAUCCUGAUUACUACAGUGCAUUAUUGUGGCAUCAGCUCAUGGGAAGAAGAGUUCUUUUCACCAAUGUUACUGGAUCACCCUAUUUGAGAGCGUAUACACAUUGCGCAAAAGAUAAAGCUGGAAUAACGGUACUUCUGAUAAAUCUGAGUAAUGACACAAGAUUUAGGAUCAUACUGGAAACCGAUGCAAAUACCACUGCACCAUCUGAGGAUCUCAUCAUCAGUAGGAAGGGAAGAUUCAUGGAUGAAUUUAAAAGGGCUGUGGCAUGGGUAGGCAAGAUGGCUUCCAACCCAAAAUUUAGGAGAAGUGAGUAUCAUCUAACUCCAAAGAAUGGAGACCUCAGAAGCCAAACCAUGAUGCUGAAUGGUGAGCCUCUAGAGCUUACCCACAAUGGGGACAUCCCCACUUUUACUCCAGCAUUUGUCGACGCCAACUCCACUCUAUCCAUCAUGCCCUUGUCUAUCGCAUUUGUUAACUUCCCAUACAUUGAUGUUCCGGCAUGCUCUCCAAGUAAGGCUAGCCCCUAGAAGACUAUGCAUCUUCUCCUGUGGUUCAAGUUGCAUGUUAUUCCUUCGAUGAUAGCAUAAUCCUGGAGCAAAUUAACAAGUGGGAGACUUUGUUAGAUAGGCUUGUGAAUUAGUGGUCUUCUUCAACCUGCUAAGCUCUCAAUUUCCUCUUGUGAAUUAGUGGUCUUCAUCAACCUGCUAAGCUCUCAAUUUCUACAAAUGUACUUGAUUUCAGUUGAUUGUGUGGCCUAAGGCACUAGUUUUUGCUCCAGUGGAGAGAUACUUGUUAACAAUUAGGUGCGUGGAAGGCAUUAUAGUAUUCAAUAUCGUGAAUUUUUUUUCCUAUCAGUUCAUGCGUCAUACAUCGCAUGGUGGGUCUUUCAGAAUAAUACAAGUAUGCGACUGGUAUCAAUCGAGUUGAAUUUCUAUGUUGUGAUGCUCUCGGUUGUACUCACCAAGGCAAAUUUGGAAUAAAAAUGAAAAGGAUUUUCUGUGAGA